GCGUCCGAAUCGAUCGUGCCAGGCCUCAUCGUCUUUUUUCCUUCACUUCCCCGAUCAAUCAAUCAAUCGCGUCCACGUCUUGUCGCCGUGGAGAAUUCAUCGUCCCAAGUGUUGUUGGACGUGUCCACGUUGUGAAAUAUUGGUGGGGCGAGACUAGCGCACGGCUGUUCCUCGGCAACGGAGCUCUGGCUCCCUGUUUACAUUUUGCUGGUUUAGGCAAGGCCGCGCCUGUGCGCAGUGAGAAGCAAUACCCCAAUCAACCUCCCCACAGGCCCGGCCUCUCGAUGCACCAUUUCAACCGUCUCCGGGCACUUCAACUGUACGACGACAUUUGUUUGCUGCUCGAACACACAAUGGACCCGCGUCUGUACGCGAGCCUUCACAAUACUUCCGCCUCCGCGCCGUCGCUGAGGGCAAGCGAGCCGCUGCCCAUGAUGGCGCCGUCGGCCGGUGUUGAUGAUCCGGGAAAUGUCAAGGUCGUGGUGCGGUGUAGAGCCUUCUUGAAGAGGGAACGCGACAAGGGCGCACAAUGCCUCAUUCGCAUGGACCCUGCGACGCAGAAGACAAUCCUCCUCGCGCCUACGGAUGAUGACGAUAACUCCAAUACGAGAAGGGUUCUCGAGGACAAAGAAUUCACAUUCGACAAGUCUUUCUGGUCGCAUGACGAGGCAGACCCCCACUACGCUCAUCAGGAAGACGUAUAUCGUUCCUUCGCAGAGGAAUUCCUCGACCACAACUUCGAGGGCUAUCACACAUGCAUAUUUGCAUACGGUCAGACAGGAUCCGGGAAGAGUUACACAAUGAUGGGCACGCCCGAUCAACCCGGACUCAUCCCACGCACCUGUGUCGAACUGUUCGAGCGCAUCCAUCAGGAUCCCCAGCCGAAUACGAACUAUCACGUCCAUGUCUCCUACUUCGAAGUAUACAAUGAGCAUGUCCGGGACCUCCUGCAGCCUCGAACCAACCCGCCCGUCUAUCUCAAGAUCCGCGAGUCUCAGACAGAAGGUGUGUACGUGCAGGGUCUGACGGAAGCCGAAGUCAAAAGCUAUGCGGACGUGGAGCGCUUGAUGAAGCUCGGUGACCAGAGCCGGACAGUCGCCUCAACCAAGAUGAACGAUACCUCUUCCCGCUCACACGCUGUCUUCACCAUCCGCCUCAAGCAAAUCCAGCAUUCCCUCUUAUCCGACCAGACCAUCGAAAGGACUGCUCGUAUGCGCCUUGUUGACCUCGCGGGGUCCGAGCGAGCCAAGUCUACGGAGGCCACGGGGCAGCGCCUGAAGGAAGGCGGCCAGAUCAACAAGUCGCUGACAACACUGGGUCGUGUCAUUGCUGCGCUUGCUGAUCCUCGUCGUCAUGGCAAAGGGAGAAGACCGCGAGAUAUUGUGCCGUACCGCGACUCGGUGCUCACUUGGCUAUUGAAGGACAGUCUGGGUGGCAACAGCAAAACCGCAAUGGUCGCAUGCAUUGCGCCCUCGGAUUAUGAAGAAACGCUUUCCACCCUCCGAUAUGCGGAUCAAGCCAAGCGUAUCCGUACGCGUGCUUCUGUCAACCAAGACUGCAUGUCUUCGGCGCAGCGCGAUGCUCAAAUCCGCGAGAUGGCUGAACAGAUCCGUUCACUUCAGGUCUCGGUCAACGCAGCAAGUCAGCGCAAGCGUGAGGAGGCCAACGAGCUGGAAGAGUACCAACGCCAAGUCGCCAUGAUGCAGCGCCUCAUGGAGGAGAACCGUCAGGUCUCCGAGUGCAAAAUCAAGGCCCUCACGAGCGAGGUGGAGGAGCUACGGCCCGCCAAUGCAGCCCUUCGGGGUGAGAUCGAAGCAUUGCGUCGCCAUCUCGCCCUCGCUCUGGGCGAACUGAAGAACCCCAUCAUCUUACCUCCACCUCAGGACAUGACAACACCGGACUUGGAUCAGGGCGAGUUCGGUUAUCUGGCGGAGAGUGGCGUUCUGGGUGGUAACGAGAACUCCUUCCCCAAUGGCGAGGAGGAGGAUGGGAGUGAUGAUGGAAGUGUUGACUCUGAUCCAGACUCUGGCUACGAUGACGGCGGCGACGAGUUUGCCCUCGAGUUGCAAAAUGAGGCCCAGGAGUUCCUGAAGGAUCUCGGACUGUUCAGGAAAAAAGUUGGAAGUGACGUCGAAAGAUUUGGCACAAGACCUCGCGACAUUCUGGGCGAGCUGGCCGUCAAUUGAAACAACGAUAUGAGGGUAACGCGAUCACUCGGACUCUCCGGGAUAGAAGGUCGACGCAGGGGUUUGGUUUUUGGAUUUCCACUGUCUAUUCUUCAUGAGACUGAACACAGCGGCUUACGAAUGCAUUGAGCGACGGCGUCAUGGUUCGGGGUGUUCGUUUUCCUUUAUUUCUCCGCAAUCGCUACCAAAGGAGGUACAUAGUAUAAUAAAAAGAAGUCCCACCA